UCGAACGGGAAUCAUCAUCAUCACCUAGUUGGGCCGCAUGACAUGUGAAUGAGGCUGGCUAAGAAAACGGGGUUGAAGAGGACACCGUUUUAGUUACUUUGUUAAAGCUACGGUUAAGUAAAAAAGAUGCCCAGGAAAACGAAGGAGGAAUCGGAGUGGGCGGACAACGAAGUCGCAGCGGCAGCUGAAAAGACUGUGAAAAAAGGGAAGAAAGAUAAAAAGGGAAAAAAGACUUUCUUUGAGGAGCUCACUACAGAUUGCAAACCUGAAAAGGUACCUGAGGCGGCUGGAAAAGACACACAGGGAAAACAGAAAAAGAAAAAAGAUCGACGGAAAGGAAAAGAUGGAGAUGCAAAUGAGGAUGAUGAUGCAAACAUCAUGCUGAAGCUGAAAAAGCUUUCAGUACAAGCAAGUUAUGAGGAAGAUGAGCCAGCCAUUACCACCGGUGAAGGAAAGAAGGGUGGAAACAUCUACGCUGCUCUCUGUCAGGGCCAGAGUGAUGAGGAUGCUGAUAUGGAUGAAGAAGAUAGACCAGCUAAAAAAUCACCUGAUAUUUAUGAAACAGAAGAGAAACGAAAGAAGGGAAAGAUGGAACAAUACAAGAAAGGAAAGCCUGCUGAGCGAUCAUGCAGCGAGUGUGAAGAUGAUGAUGAGGAGGAUAGUGAUGGAGGUGACAUGAUGAAGAGUGCUGAGGAUACCAUCGCAGAACAGGCCAAACCACAGGAUGAGGACCAAAAUGCUAAUCUUAGUAAAAAGGAGAAGAAGAAGAAAAAGAAACAGAUGGAGUACGAGCGUCAAGUGGCCAGUGUUAGGGCUCAGAAUGACCUGGAGGGAGAUUUCUCCAUUUCCCAGGCGGAGAUGUCCUCCAGACAGGCAAUGCUGGAGAAUGCCUCUGAUAUUAAGCUGGAACGGUUCAGCAUAUCUGCUCAUGGCAAGCAGCUUUUCAUCAAUGCUGACCUUCUGAUUGUAGCAGGGAGAAGAUAUGGUUUGGUUGGACCAAAUGGCAAAGGAAAGACCACACUACUAAAACACAUAGCUAACAGAGCUCUCAGUAUUCCACCCAACAUUGAUGUGCUACUGUGUGAACAGGAGGUGGUAGCUGAUGACACGCCGGCAGUGCAGGCUGUGCUGAAAGCAGACACUCGCCGCCUGAAGCUUCUGGAGGAGGAGAAACGGCUGCAGGCUCGUCUUGAAAAGGGAGAGGACAGUGUCGCUGAGCGGCUGGAAAAGGUCUAUGAAGAGCUGAGGGUGAUUGGAGCUGCAGCAGCUGAGGCCAAAGCCAGAAGGAUUCUGGCUGGUCUGUCCUUUACCCCUGAGAUGCAAAACAGACCCACCAAGAGGUUCUCUGGAGGUUGGAGAAUGAGAGUCUCCCUUGCCAGAGCUCUGUUCAUGGAACCCACAUUGCUGAUGCUGGAUGAACCCACAAACCACCUGGACCUGAACGCCGUCAUUUGGCUCAAUAACUACCUCCAAGGCUGGAAGAAGACUCUUCUCAUAGUUUCCCACGAUCAGAGUUUCCUUGAUGACGUGUGUACGGAUAUCAUCCACUUAGACAACGAGAAACUCUACUAUUAUAGAGGGAAUUACUUGACCUUCAAGAAGAUGUAUGUGCAGAAGCAGAAAGAACUACAGAAGCAGUACGACAAGCAGGAGAAGAAACUGAAAGAGCUGAAAGCCGGUGGAAAGUCCACAAAACAGGCCGAAAAGCAGACUAAGGAGGCCCUGACCAGAAAGCAACAGAGAGGCAAGAAGAAAGGCGGUCAGGAGGAGGAAAGCCAGGAUGCGACGGAGCUUCUGAAGAGGCCUAAAGAAUACACUGUCAAGUUUACUUUCCCCAACCCACCUCCACUUUCACCACCAAUACUGGGACUACAUAGCGUUGACUUUGGAUAUGAUGGUCAGAAGUCUUUAUUCAAAAACGUGGACUUUGGAAUUGACAUGGACACCAGGAUUUGUAUAGUUGGACCCAAUGGUGUUGGGAAGAGUACCUUGCUGCUGCUUCUCACUGGGAAACUAACUCCUACUAAAGGUGAGAUGAGAAAGAAUCAUCGUUUGAGAGAGAGGCUACAGUGGAGAGACCUGUAGGCUGAAUGAAGAGCGGGAGCGCCGAUAGUGAAACACAAGGCAGUGAACAAAGACAUUAACGUAAUUUUCUGAUUGUUCAACAGCAUUGGGAUUAAUACUUUUUGGGAUUAAUGUAUGUUUGGUUUCUCUUUAAAGAGAUCUACAAUUCAGUUUAAUUAUUAUACACUGCUCCAAAAAAUUAAGGAAACACUUAAAUCACAUCAGAUCUUAAUGAAAGAACUAUUCAAUUUAAAAAUCUUUACUGAUGGACAUUGUUUAAUUUGUUGAACAAAAUUGGAAACCAUAAUCAUCAACCCAUUGAGGGCUGGUUUCAAAACAACAGACCUUGAUCAUUGUAUCAGUGAGCCCCUUGACAGUCUGUGGCAGUACUUGGUGGCAUUGGACGCACAUUAGAUCAUGGGAACGUGAGGGCCAGUCAAUGGCAUCAAAGCCUUGUCAUCCACGAACUGCCUACACUCUCUUGCCACAUGAGGCCGGGCAUUGUCCUGCACCAGGGGGAACCCAGGGCCUACUGCAGCAACAUAAGGUCUAACAAUCGCUCUGCGGAUUUCAUCCUGGUACCGAAAAGCCAGACUCUUUUAAGCCUGUCGCAUGUUCUCAGUGUGAACCUGCUCCCUUUCUGACAGUUUGGUCAGAAAUUGACAUGUACACCAGUAGUCUUUUGGACGUAAAUUUGUAGGGCUCUCUCAGAAACUAUCCUGCUGCUGGGUUGAAUCCCUUCUACUGCCCUGUCCAGCUCUCCUUGUGUAUCGGCCGGCCUCCUACAUGUUCUUGGGACAGUGCUGGGAGACAUAGCAAACCUUGCAACCACACUUGUGGAUGUGGCAUCCUGGAGGAGCUGGACUACCUGUGCAACCUGAUUGGGCUAUAGUGGCAAGGACACUAGCAGAAUACAAAAUUAGAGACGAAUCAGUCAGGAAGGAUAGGCGAGAGCACAUGCAAAACCACUCCUUUAAUCUUGCACCCGUUUUUACUUUCAUUUGCACCAAAGCAGGUGAAAUUGAUUAACAAUCACUUGUGCUCUCUAAAUGGAAAGAUUAGUAUCCCUGAAGUUUAACUGACCCUAACCCUAACCCUUUACUGUAACGAUAGUUAAUUAUAUUAUAAUAUUAAAUUCCAGCUCAAGAUAUCUUUAAUCCGGCUCAAUAUGAGAUGCAUUGAAUUAAGUUGUCAGCAGCUUGUGAGAGUGGUGUUGUAGAUAAAAUGCUUGUACUUGUACUAUAAAUAAAUUGAAUUAUAUUGUAAAUAUCUGAAACUGGAAUUAUCCUCAUAAUUACAUUUGCAGAUAUGUCUAAUUCAUUAAAAAAGUUUAGCAAAUAACUGCAGGAGAGGGUAAAAUGUACCAUUUGUAAUUUUAUCGGAUUAAUAAUAACAGUGUUAAAACUAGUGAGCCGGAAACUUAUUGUCAGUUGCCAACUCCUUUCAACAGAAAACAGUCUUUGCUGAGCAAAAUAGCUGUCCCAAAGCAGAUAUCUAAACUCUGUGCAUGAGGUCUUUGUCUGAAAUAUCACAUUUUACACAUCACAAUCAUUUUCUAUUUGAAGUGGUGCAGGGUAAUGGUCCGUUUACAUUAAGAAAAGCUGUAACAUGGAUAUUCUG